AAUUGUACUAAUAAAAGAUGCUGCCAAUUUUGUUAAUAUAUUUUUUCUGUGGAUUGUCUUGUGGUACUUCGUGGUAUCCCAUAAAUCCGAUCCUCGGGGAGCAAAUAGACCUCGUCGGCUCCGCGAAUGGAAGUUUCGUUCCAAACUGGACGAGAAGUACGGAGGACGAUGAUGGAAAGGAUAUCUUCAGUGUGAAUUCAACUCAGAUUCCGUUCAAUUCUAUUGACCGGGAUCGGGAACCUCUAGACGAUGUGGAACGCAUCGAACCGAGGCAGUGGCCGACCAGGCCGGACGUUUUGUACACCCGCGUCGCGAUUCCAUCUACUACAGAAAUGUAUCUGCCCCGGAGCCCGUUAAAUCCUCCCACAUUGGCGCAGAGAAAUUCGUCCACGCAGCGGUAUCCACCAGUGACUGCACCACCGCCUACGGCAUCUGUGGAGGAAGUAUUCUGCGAUUUCGGAUCGUUUCCGACGCAAACUCUUUGCGAAUGGCAAAACGGCGACGGGGUGUUGGAAUGGAUGGCUGGUACCGGCAUGGGUACAAACUGGAUGGGUGGUCCACCCAGUGAUUAUAGUACUGGCACCAUGGAAGGAGGAUACGCCUUCUUGGAAACAUCCGAGUUACCGCAGAAGGACGGAAAGGCGAAAAGUCUAGGAGGGUUGUUGCACAGUCCUCAAUUAGGAAGCACAGGAGUCGCUGGAACUUGUGUUAUGUUCAAAUAUAAUAUGGAAGGUUUGAGCAUCGCCGGUUUAAGAAUUUUACUACAUGUGGGUACUGAUGAGUACUCGAUCAAGAAAGAACAGACUGAGGAGAUCACUCCUGAGAACGUGACCGCGGUACCGCCGCCUUGCAAACCGGUGGAAGUCUUUGACGAACGUAUCAUUUGGAACGCUCAGUAUUACACUCUUGGUGUCUGGCAACAAACUCAAAUGCUGUACACUUAUCCGGAAGUGCAUUCGCUGAUCAUCGAAGGAAUUCCCGUGGACUCGACCGAUCCGACUCGCUUGUAUAGAGGCUACGUAGCUAUAGACGAUGUCGACUUGCAACCUGGCACUUCGUGCUUAGGCUUCUGUAAUUUUGCCGGUGGUUUCUGUGACUGGUCCAACGACGCCGACGAUGAUUUCGAUUGGACCAUCAGUCGAGGGAGCGGAAACCCUACGACCGGACCAGCAGCAGACAGCUCGCCGGACCGAUCAACAGCUGGAGGAUAUACCUACAUAGAUUCUUCUUUCCCACGUCGGCCGGGAGAUAGAGCUAGGCUUAUUAGUGCUAGCUUCCCAGCACCGAGCGCCGAUUCUCCUAUGUGCCUUCAUUUCUGGUUCCACAUGUUCGGCUCCGGGAUCGGUACUCUGAAACUCUUCGUGAGGCACUUUCGCAGUUUGGACGCGGCAGUUCAGGAAGUGUGGAGCUUGAAUGGUAACGCUGGGAACACGUGGUUCGUCGCUCAAAUCACGAUCAGUUCUUUAGACGACUUUCAACUCGUGUUUGAAGCGUCCGUCGGAAACACAGGGAUGGGGGACAUCGCCAUCGACGACAUCUCCUUCGCGCAAGGCUCUUGUCCAAUUUUGCCACAAGUGGCUGCGCUUACAUCAAGAGAUUGUACUUUUGAAGUAGACGAGUGUGACUGGAUUAAUUCUCGAAACCCGGACCGCGUAGAGUGGGAAAGGGUAUCUUUUCAAGCACUGAGUCCUAGAAAUCAACGGAAACCGUACACCAACGGGUAUACGAUCAAUAGAAGGAAUGAGUACUUCCUAGGUCUCGGUCGUCCCAGAGGAGGACCACGAUCAGUGGGUGGUGGAACGGCACAACUUGUUAGCCGUGAGAUGAAGGGUAGCGAGGAACCUUUAUGCGUCACUUUUUGGUAUUUCAUGUUUGAAUCGUUUAUUGAUUCCACUGGACCAAGCUUAGGGGUGCUCCGUGUAUCCGUGCAAACGCAGGGAGAUUCUUCAACGGAAUCCAGACCGAUCUGGCAGUUGUACAACAAUCAGGGGCCCACGUGGAACUAUGCACAGAUCAGCCUGAACGAAAGGAGAGACUUCAAUGUAGUCUUCGAGGGUACUUGGGGACCUAAUCGUGCGAGUGGCAGCAUCGGCAUCGACGACCUCGCUUUCUACAGUGGCAAUUGUUCAGUUAAACCGCCUGGUGCGUCUGUCAGGCCUGAGGAUUGCAGUUUCGAGAGAGGAUUAUGCGGCUGGGAGAAUAUUACUUCUUCCGAGAACGAGCGCACGGUUACUUGGCAGCGAGCGUUUCUCGCUCAUCGCCCGGCACAAUUGUUAGACAAGACCUUCGGUGCAACCGGCGAUUUCGUCUUUUUCGACAUAUUCACCACGAACAAACAGUCGGCGAACGUGCUACUACGUUCACCGGUGAUACAAACAUCGCCGGACGAAGAAUCGAUUUGCUUCACAUUUUGGUUCGCCGCUUUCGGUGUCGAAGAGUCUACAACAUUGCAAGUAAUUAAAAUGAACGUUGACGAGGAGUCAGGUAACGAUGAGAAUGGGAAACAGGACCAACCGUUGUGGUCGCUGACAGCAAAAGGAUUUAACAACCCCAGGCCAGUAUGGACGGCCGCGCAAGUGACGAUAGAUGCUCGUGUAUCUUAUCGGUUGAUUUUAAGGGGAAGCGCCAGUAACGGAGGUUUUGCUAUCGAUGAUAUAAAGUUCCAGCCUCAAACUUGUGGCAUACGACCAAUCGAUGCAUUACCUGUUACCAACAGUGGAAGCUGAGGUAUUAGAAUUCAUAGGCAUUAUCUCUCAUAGAGCCUAUUUUUGUUCGAUUUUUUUUUA